UUCACUCUCCUUUUCCCCAAUUCUCUCCCUCUCUCUCUCUCUCUCAUCUUCCCAAUUUGUCUUUCUCCUCCGCUCUGUUACUGUUGAUGAUUCAUCGCAUGCUUUCGUACAAGGGAUUCAUACGAAUGGGGGACGAGAAUCAGAAGGGCAUGAAUUGAAGUUCGAAGGAGAAGCUACGGUGGAAGAUGCAAGGGAAAGCAUGUGGCUGUUCCAGCUUCGAUCUUCCUGAUGGUGUCUUGAAAGUGUUGCCGUCUGAUCCUUUUGAACAGCUCGAUGUGGCCCGCAAAAUCACUUCCAUCGCCCUCUCAACGCGCGUCUCCUUGCUCGAAUCAGAGUCCUCUGUUCUGCGCUCUAAACUUGCCGAGAAGGAGGACAUCAUUGCCGACCUUCGCUUCCAGAUCGAAUCACUUGACGCUUCGCUCUCGGAGACCGCCGAUAAACUCGUCCGCGCCGAUGAGGAGAAUGAGAGCUUGGAGAUGGAGAAUGCCUCGUUGUCCAAUACUGUGAAGAAGCUAAGCAGAGAUGUUGCGAAGUUGGAGGUGUUCAGAAAGACGUUAAUGGAAUCACUUCAGGAGGAGGGAGAUAGCCCUGCAGAAGUUCCAGAAGUUGUUGCUAAGAUACAGAGCCAAGCAAAUAUCUCUACUGUUUCUCAGAUUGAAGAGGAGGAUUCAUCCUUGGCAUCCUCUAGAUACUCGUCAAUUCAGAGCCAGACUUCUGAAGUAGAAAAUUCAUUAGCAGAGGAUCGUGAUUCUGAUGGCAUCCGACCUCGUAUUGCGCCUGGCCUCCUGGUAGCGUUCCAGACAAGUUCACCUCGGCUUACCCCCCAUGGCUCUCCUCCUGUACUAUCAGCAUCAGGAUCUCCAAAUAGAACAUCUAGACCUGUUUCACCGAGGCGGCAUUCAAUGUCGUCUUCAACCUCCAAGAACAUUUUUGAAGAUAGAUCUUCAGUAUAUUCUUCUGCACCCUCGAGCCAUCAUGGCUCAAUUUCCUCCGAUAAAGCGCGAACUCGGGUUGAUGGGAAGGAAUUUUUCCGACAAGUCAGGACUCGUCUGUCUUAUGAACAGUUUGCUGCAUUUUUAGCAAAUGUGAAGGAUCUAAAUUCCCGCAAGCAAACGAAAGAGGAAACGCUUCAGAAGGCGGACGAGAUAUUUGGCGACAGUAACAAGGAUCUUUAUGCCAUUUUUGAGGGAUUGAUUACUCGCAAUCUCCAUUAAAAGAAAGAUGAACCCAGAAAUGUAGUUAAGAAUCAGAUGGGCAACUACUGCUAUCAGGUUUGUUGGCAUCAACUGUACAUCCAAUACUGUGGCUUGUAAAUUUGUAAUGGAAGGUGUCUUGAAAUUCCUUCCCUAAUUCAUGUCAUCAAGCUGUGUAAAUUUUGCUAGUUAAGGAUGAAUAUUAACAUAGAAUAAGAUGGUACCUACCUUACUAAUCUACAUUUUUCUUGGUGGAAAUUAUGAUCAAUAACCUAUUGUUUUUAGUUUAACAACAGGUAGAAGUAGAAGUGGAGGUAGAGAUUCAAAAAUUCGACAUUUUAGUUUAAGAUAUUUGUCUUAGCUAGUUUAGCUAUAUUCAGGUUGACAGUUCUAUUUAUCUAACGUUUGUA